AUGAAAGGCCAACCCAAGUCCCAGCACAAGCCGUGGCACGAGCUCCCCAACAAGGUAGUGCUGGUCUCCGGUGCCUCCUCAGGGCUGGGGCAUGAAUUCUGCCUGCACUUGGCCAAGGCGGGUUGCCAGAUCGUGGCCGCCACCCGCUGCACCGACCGGCUUAAGUCCCUCUGCGAUAAGAUCGACGGCCCGGUCUCUUCCUCCUCCUCCUCCUCCUCUAAAUUGGGAAACAAGGCAAGUAACCCCCAAGCGCUGGCAGUGGAGCUCGAUGUCACGGCCCAUGGGCCCACAAUCGAGAAGUCCGUGAAGAGGGCCUGGGAUGCUUUUGGCCACAUUGAUGCUUUGGUUUACUAUCUCACUAUCGUAAACAAGGAGAAAAUCUUCAACAGCAGUGGCAACCUGUUCAUCGCCGCUACUUUCAUCAAUACCGUCAUCAUUCUCAUUUCCUUUGCCUCUGUUCCUAUGGUUCUCCCUCUUUCACUAUCUGCAAAACUUCUUGAUAUGCCCUUUCUCGUCGCAAUGGAAGCACUCAAUGCUUGCAAACUUGUUCCCAAACACGCCUUUGAUGUUGCCGCUAUUCUUGGACCCGUAGCUCUCACUUCUCCCCCUACUCUCUACUACUAA